GGAUUAUUUUCAUUUAUUCAGAAUAAAAAUCAAAAUAUAAAUAUUUUAAAUUAAAUUGUAAUAGAAUUGAAAAUGGACUUUCAUUCUAGUCUAUUGACCAAUUUAUUCCUAUUGACUAGUGUCUUCCUCCCCGUCGUAGCUCAAGUAAAGUUGCUUCCUAUAACUAUUCUCUGCACAGCCCCCCCUCUCACUUCUCCUCUUCCGUUAACAGUUUUCUUAGGGUGUCCACCGCCGCGGCUCCCCAAAGUAAAAUAUAAUCCAACUCAAAAGUAGAAAGGAGAUCGUAAGAUAAAGUUAAUGUGGUUUGUCCUCUUACUUCGGAGACAGGUUUUGAAAAUUAAGGCUCUCGAUUUUGUGAUAUUUUUUACCUUUUUAAGAGUGUUUUUUAUAAUGGUGAAAUUUUGUUAUUCUUUUUAUUAGAAAUGAUUUUUGCUCAUAUAUAAGUACAGGUUGCAAAAUGAAUAGGUCUCAUGAUCCAAGAAAAUGAGAAGCAAAUUUCUUGAAAGAUAAUACUAAUGCAAACUAUAAAAUCUCGAAAGGCAACAAUUCCUUGCACAUUUUUUUUGGCACUCUAUAAAUAAGGUGGAGUGGUUAGAUUAGCGAUCAUGUUUUUCUAAUAAGAACUUGAUCGCCAUGGGUUCUAUUUCUGAAAUUGGUGCAGCGAUUAUCGAGGCUGCGGCUAGUGGAGACCUUAACCAACUCAGGGUAAUUAGAAACAAGGUUGAUGAUAUCAUUGAGUACCAAAAAAUAUGUGAUGAAUAUAGUGACUUCGCCACUGGCCGGAAUGCCUUGCAUUACGCUGUUGAAAUUGGACAUUUUGAGAUUUGCAAGUUCUUGAUAAAGACCGUCCAAGUUUAUAUUGAUGCCUCGACUUACAAGGGGUCUAGUCCUCUGUCAGAAGCUGUCAAAGGGGAACAUGUCAAAAUUGUGAAGUUUCUCAUCAAUCAGGGUGCUGACGUUAGUCUUUCAGAUGUUGAGGGAUUCACUCCGGUGCACUAUGCAGUUCUAAAAGAUAAUAUGGAGGUUAUGGAAUUGUUAAAAGUUGGUAGUGUAAAACCAGCAGCUUCUGCAGGAGGAUCACCUUUACAAAUUGCUGUUUCUCGUGGAAAUGUUCAGGCUGUCAAGUAUCUCUUGUCUCAUGGCGCACAUCCAGAUGUUUAUUGUGCGGCUGUGGACACUCCUCUUACAUGUGCAGUCAAGUCUCGCUCAUUUGAAUGCCUGAAAUUGUUGCUUGCGGCUAAUGCAGACCCAAAUUCGUAUUUCAGUUUAAGUCCUUUGGCAGCUGCUGCAAAAGAAGGCGACACAAAAUUUCUCGAGUGUUUGCUUAAAGCUAAAGCAGAUCCGAAUUCAAGUCCAAGAGAUUUCUAUAAACCUAUUGAGGAUGCUGCCAUGGUGCAUAAUCGUGCAGCUGUAGAAAUUUUGUUUCCAGUGACUAAACGGCUUGAAAUUUAUCCAAAUUGGACUGUUGAUGGCAUAAUUGAGUCCUUUCAUUCUGAAGAAUUUAAAACAAUGAUAGAGCUGAAAAGGACAAUGGAGUUGACUGAACUAGAAGCUCAAGGGAUGGAUGAGGCGAGCAAUAAGCAAUACAGACAUGCAACCUUAAUAUAUAGAGUGGCUAGCCUUCUUGAUCCAGCUAACCCCACAUGGAUAUCAAAGCGAAGCCUGUUGCUAGCACGCACGAAUGAACUCAUAUUUGCUCUGUUAGAUGCUCAGGAAUGCAUUAGACUCAAGCCAGACUUCCCCGUCCCUCGCCAUCACCACGCAGGGGACAUAGCUGCUGCAGCUAAUCAGAUAUUCAAGAAAUUCCUCAUGGCAGGCCUUGCAUUCUCGCUGGAUCCCUACAACAAGGCAAUGUUUCGUGCAUUUAGACUUGCUAUGUUUGAUUACUUUGCUUCGUUUAGUCAGAUGAGCAGCCCGGACGUGAUUUUGAGUUUUAGCUGAUGAUUAACAUUGGAUCAUAAUUCUAUAGUCACGCUCAUAUACAGUGAUUCAUAUCCUCUAUUGCAAAUAUGUGUUUCCAACUGAUUCAA